CCCGCCGGCGACCAGCUUGUGCUGCGGACUGAGGAGAAAAGAGUGAGGCUAGAUUUAGGUUGUCAGACUGAGCUCGUCCUUAUUAUACGGGACCAAAUCAGUUGUCAACCGUCGGAUUUUGAUGGAUGGUCCAGAUUGAGUCAUGUUAGGGUUUCCGCGGGAUGGGCCGAACUGGGCCAGUGGCGCGCCUAAUGGGCCGCACGCUACUGGGCCGAGCUGUCUACGCGUUUUGGGCCGCGCAUGGGAUACUUUUGGGUUGUUUUUAAUGAAUUCUUUAGCCCAAUUUAAUUUAUAAAGCCUUUUCUUUACUGUUUUAAGUUUAAUUUAAUUGCUGUUUAUGUUUAAAGGCUUUAUUUAAUUUCUGUUGCACUUAUUUAUUACCAGCAUUAUGUUUAUUAAUUUUUCCAUGAGUUAUGUAAAUGCUUUUAAUUAUGUUUUAAUUGCAUUUAUUCACUGAAAAUUAUGUUUAUUCACCAUGAGCAAUUAUGAUGCACUCUUUUUUAAAUGGAACUAUCGAGAAGUUUAUUUAGAGCACUUGUAAUUAAUUCUGACCAUUGUUGUUUUAAUUACGAGUUUUAAUGAUAAAUUUCGUUUGUUUUCCCCAUCGGUGAUGCAAAUUGAAAUUUAUGUAUGAUUUUGAUCAGACCAUCGUAGGGUUAAUUUCAUACUUCUUAUGGGCAUCUUAAUUGUGAAUUUAAUGAUUUUAUUGUUCUCAUGAUUUUCAAUGAACACUGUGACGGGCUAUCUGAAGUCCAUUGAGCCCCUGAAUGGCACCAACUACCCAAACUGGUAUAAUGAUAUUCAGGUGGCCAUUGCUGUGUGCGAGUAUGAUCUCGCCUUACGUGAGGAUAAGCCAGCAUCGCCCACUGAUCCCAAUGGUGAUCGGACUGCCAUUGAGAAGUGGGAGAGAUAUAACAGGUUGGUUACCAUGAUCAUUAAGCAAACGAUCACGCCUGCCAUCUGUGGUGCUAUUCCUGAUAAGGACCAGUAUGGUAAUGUUCUGACAACCAAGGAAUAUCUUGCUAAGGUGGAAGAGAAUUUCAAGAGCUCGUCCAAGACUUAUGCUAGCACUCUCAUUAUGAAGAUGCUGACUUCACAGUAUGAUGGGCUAAGUGGAACCAGGGAGCACAUUGUGAGCAUGUGUGACAUGGCCAAUAAGCUGAAGACACUGGAUAUGUCUAUCUCUGAUGGUUUCUGGUGCACUUCAUUAUGACUUCACUUCCUGCACAGUAUAGUCCCUUCAAAAUAAGUUACAACACUCAGAAGGCGACUUGGAGCAUGGCUGAGCUCAUUAGCUACUGUGUUGAGGAAGAAGAAAGGCAGAAAGCUGAAAGGAUGAAGGAUGCUGUCAGCAUGGACAGCGAGCACUUUGGGCGUGUUAGCGUCAGCAACACUCCUAAGCAUCAGGCUGAGUCUGGCAGCAGUAGGCAGCAUAAGAAGAAGUUUAAGGGCCAUAAGGGCAAGGCUGUGCAGCAUAAGAAGACUUCUGAGAAGCGGCUGUGCAAGUUCUGCAAGUCACCUAACCAUGAGCAGAAAGAUUGCCAUGGUUUUAAGGACUGGCUGAAGAGCAAAGGUAUUCAGUUCGAUCCGAACUAUAAGAGAGGGGGAGCGAAGCCUAAGAGUGGCUGAUGGCAAUGAGGUCAAGGUUGAAGGCAUUGGAAGCUUCGUCUUGGAGCUACCGGGUGGCUUCAACCUUCAUUUAAAUGAUGUUCUUUAUGUUCCCAGUUUGAAGAGAAACCUUAUUUCUGUUUCACGUUUAGAUAAGUCGGGACAUAUUUGUGAGUUUGGCAACUCUAAUUGCAACAUUAAGUUUCAUAA